UUACAGUACAUACAAAUAAUUCCGGUCGUAAUUUUCGCCUGUUGAAGCAUCCGAGUGCUGUUGUAGGGGUAUCAUUUCGUAGCCUACGGUAACAUUAACACAAGAAGACAAUUGAAAACAUGUAUAAAUAGUAAAUCAUGUUCAGAGGCAAAGGAAAAUCUAAAUCUUCACAGCACAGUGAAAGUGGUCGUGAAUCCGCGAAGUUGGGUGGAUCAAGUUCAGAAGUUGUCUUAAAUGGAUUGAAUCAGGAGGCCCACUUUGAGGUUUGUUUCCUUGGAGUUGUCCGAGAUAUUAACAUGGGAACAUCACGCAAGCGAGACAAGGAGGCCCAGUUGGUUGACCAGGUAGAGGAAGCUCAGAUUGAGGGCAAGCUUCCACUAUCACCAAGAGAUGAAGAUAAAGUUAAUAUCACCAUAUCCAGACAUGGCCUUAAAGUUUUAGACUCCACAAAGAAGGUUUUACAGAGACACCCACUCCAUAUCAUUGCCCAGGUGGUACAUUAUGAGGAUGGCUUUGGUAAACCUAAUGUUGCGUUUAAGAUAGGACAGCUACAGCACUCCAAGGACACAUGUGUAUACCAAUGUUAUGUCUUCCAGUGUCCAAAUGAGGAUCAAGCUCAAGCUGUGUGUCAAAGUCUAAGGAACAUUUUCAAUGCUAUAACUGUCCAUUGACUUCAUCGUUAAAACAUCGGGAGCAUACUGGCAAGGUGAUUCUCAUCAAGUCACAAGGAUCGUACUGGCAAGGUGAUUCUCAUCAAGUUAUCAGGAUCAUAUAUACUGGCCCAGUGAUUCUCAACAAGUUAUCAGGAGCAUACUGAUCAAGUGAUUCUCACCAAGCCUCAUGCUGACUGGCCAAACUCUUACACUCGGGUUGAGAUAUCCCUGUCCACAGAACAGACCCAUGUUAGAUUCUGUUAUUCUUAUCAAGUUACCAGAAGCAUACUGGCCCAGUGAUUCUCAUCAACAGGUGAAGAAAAAAAAUGGUCUGGUAAACCAGCAACAUAACAGUUUUAUGGAAACAGACAUUAUAACAGUUUUGUUGAAACGGACAAUAGUCUUAACCUUUAUUACUGUGUAAAUCAGGUGAUGUACUAGAAAUACAGCCAAUCGUGUUGCACCGAUGUUGUGAGUCUAGUGACUGCCACAAGAAGCUGUAACUAUCUAGCACACCAUUAAUCCUUUUUAAAAACAAGACACUACAGUUACUGUGCCUCUAUAAAAAUGUUCCAGAACAUUGUAAUACUGCUUUCAUAUAUAUUUUUUUACGUAGAUAAUUGAAUGUUUAUUACUUUACAUUAAUUAUUUAAGCUAUAUAAAGACAUAUUAUCAUACAUAAAAUACUGCUGGUCAGUAGAAUAUCAUUGGUUGUGAAAUCUGUAUUGAUUUUGUGAACAAAUAAAAUCCCCUUUACAUGUUUA